AUGGGGGGUGACAGCGGGAGCGGGCGACUCAAUCCUGUCCUUCUUCCCUGCGCAGGGCUGCGGGCGGCCGAGCAGCUGGUCGAGUCCGGAGGGGGCCUCCAGACCCCCGGGGGGUCCCUGACCCUCCUCUGCAAGGCCUCCGGCUUCGACUUCAGCAGCGGCUACUGGAUGAUGGCGGCGGCGGCGGCGGCGGCCCCGCGGCUCCGGCCGCUCCUCCGGGCCCUGCGGACUCUGCGGGGGCCGCUCUGGCCCCAGAGACCCCCCCCGGGGCUGGGCCCCACGCCCCGAGCCCUCGCCACGGCCUGCGCCCAGGCAGCCUCCCCGGCCCCCUCAGGCACUGUGGGGCAGGAGCCCCCUACCGUGGCACAGACAGAGCCCGCCGUGGGGCAGAGCCCCCCCUCCGCGGUUCAGGACCCCCCCUCUGCGGGUCUCGAGCCCCCCGCCGUGGGGCUGGGGGAGGAGGUGCGGCUGGAGGAGCUGGGGCUGGGGGCCUUCACCCCCGUGGGGCUGGUGCAGAACUUCCUCGAGUUCCUGCACCUCGACGUGGGGCUGCCCUGGUGGGGGGCCAUCGCCGUCGGCACGGUGGGGGCGCGGCUGGCGCUGCUGCCGCUGCUGGUGCGGGGGCAGCGCGAGGCCGCCCGCCUGGCCGCACACAUGCCCCAGCUCCAGCUGCUCUCCCGGCGCCUGGCCGAGGCCCGCCAAGGCAGCGACCGCUUCCAGGUGGCCCGCGCCUACUCGGAGCUGGCGGCGUACCAGAAGCGCCACGACGUGAACCCUCUGCGCGGGUUCCUCGUGCCCCUCGUGCAGACCCCCCUGUUCGUGUCGUUCUUCCUGGCGCUGCAGAAGAUGGCGGCGGCGCCGGUGCCGGGGCUGCACCGGGGGGGUCUCGCCUGGUUCCCCGACCUGGCGGCCCCCGACCCCUACUACGUCCUGCCCCUCCUCGUCACCGCCUCCACCUGGCUCGUCCUCGAGGUGGGGGCGGAGACGGGCGUGGCCAGCCCCGGGGCGGGGGCGGUGCGGCAGGUGCUGCGCCUCCUGCCCCUCUUCUUCCUCCCCUUCAUCAUCCACUUCCCCACGGCCGUGUUCACCUAUUGGCUGACGUCGAACACCUUCAGCCUGGCACAGACGGGGCUGCUGCGAGUCCCCGCCCUCCGGGCGCGCCUCGGGGUGCCGCCCCCCGCCCCGCCCGGCCCCGCCCCCCCCAAACCCCGCGGGGGGCUCCUGGGGCGCCUGCGGCAGGAGUGGCGAGAGGCGCAGGCGGUGCGGCACAGCGAGGAGCGGGAAUGGCGGGUGCGGCACCACCUCGAGCUGGCGGCCAAGGGGCCCCUCCGCCAGACCUUCGCCCACAACCCCCUGGCGCCCCCGGGGGGGGCCCCCCCCCGCGCCCCCGGCCCCCCCCAAGCGCCCCUGGAAGGAGACGCUGGGCUGAGGGGGGACCCCAAUAAACACCCACACUCGCGCCGCCUCCGCCUCUGUCCGUCGGGGGGGGGGCUGGGACCGACCGGGGGGGGGGGAGGGUCCGGGAGCCUCGUGGGGCUCACUUGGGGGUCCCGCGGGGGGGCGGUUGUGUCCCGUUUCGGGGGGUCCCGGGCGCUCCCUGCCCCGCCCCCCUCGGGGUUUGGCCCCGCGGGGCCGCCGUAG